AUGGUAAUUCUUAACAAAUCUAAUAUUACAUUUCCUUUCGGGAACAGAAAAAUACUUUUGGAUUACGAAUACUCUGAUGGAUAUCACAAAAUAAAAAAGAGAACUCUGUCUAAUACUGAUUACAACACAGAUGAUGAUUUAAUAUAUUUAAGUGAUGGCUAUCACUUGCUGCCAUAUAUUAAGCUAACAAAUGAAACAUCGCCACAAAACGGAGUUCUGAUACAAGAAGCCAAAUGUUUAAAUAAAAGAUGCAUCAGAUGCAGAUCAAGAGGGGAACUAGGCUCAUGUGGUGAUCCAUUCCCUUUCAAUGUGACUGAGCCGGAAGUAGAAAUGGGUAUCCAUGUGGUUGCAUGCCCAUCAGGCUGGUGUGGCAAGUCUUAUGAGGGCAACAUUAAUGCUAUUAAAAAUGAUGAUUAUGGAGCAGCAACUGAAAGAAUGUGUUUGCAACGGCCACCUAGUGAUUAUCAAGAAAGAGUGUUG